CCCUCCCCCUCACUCGUUUGCUCUCGAUCUCCUUCCUUGCUCGCUCCCCUACUCCCUCCAACUCUACCCGCCUCCUCUCGCGGGCGCGCGCAUGCAUGGACACCGUCUCCGGCGGCCGCGCGUGAACCAGGAGACAUGAACAGGGGUCACAUCAGCAGCUCGGAGCUCAUCGACGCCAAGCUCGAGGAACACCGGAUCUCCACCGCCAGGCACUGCCCCAACUGCCGCCACAAGCUCGACUGCAAACCGAAGGAUUGGUUGGGGCUACCGGCUGGCGUCAAGUUCGAUCCGACAGACCAGGAGCUGAUCGAGCACCUCGAGGCCAAGGUGAGGGAAGAAGGCUCGAGAUCUCACCCUCUUAUCGAUGAGUUUAUACCCACCAUAGACGGCGAGGACGGCAUAUGCUACACACAUCCUGAGAAACUUCCAGGUGUGACAAUGGACGGCCUAAGCAAGCAUUUCUUCCAUCGCCCUUCCAAGGCGUACACGACGGGCACGAGGAAGCGGCGCAAGAUACAGACGGAGUGCGAUGUGCAUAAGGGGGAGACGAGGUGGCACAAGACCGGCAAGACACGACCGGUGAUGGCCAACGGCCGGCAGAAGGGCUGCAAGAAGAUCCUGGUGCUCUACACCAACUUCGGCAAGCACCGCAAGCCUGAGAAAACUAACUGGGUGAUGCAUCAGUAUCACCUCGGUGACCUCGAGGAGGAGAAGGAGGGGGAGCUCGUCGUUUGCAAGAUCUUCUACCAGACACAGCCCAGGCAGUGCAGCUGGUCCGCCUCCUCAGACCGUGGUGGUGCCGGUGGUGCCGUAGCCAUUGCCGCCGCCGCGGCAGUGACGGUGCAGGAGCAGCGUAUGAGGGACAGCGGCAGCGGCAGCUCCUCGUCGAGGGACCACGAGGCGUUGUCGGCCACGUCGUACCCGGCCGGGUAUGCCAUGGCGGCCGCCGUCGAGAUGCAGCACUUGAAACACUCCGGCGACCAUUUCAGCUUCGCGCCUUUCAGGAAGAGCUUCGAGGAGGUUGGUAUAGGCGGCGACCAGGUGACGUCCGAUCAGCUUGGACGAUCAGAGCAUCAGCAGCAUACUGGCCAGGAACAGCAGCCUCACCGGCCGGACCUUGCAACGACGGCCGUGCCUGCCACGGCCUUCCUGGUCAGCAGGCCGACGAACCCCAUCUCAGCUACCGUUCCGCCACCGUUGCAGCACACUUCUGUCGUGCUGGACCAUGAUCAGUUUCACGUGCCAGCAAUUUUUCUCGACCACGACAAAUUUCAGAACAUGCAACAACAGCAACAGCACCAGCAAAAGAUUGACCGCAGGUCUGCUGGCUUGGAAGAACUGGUAAUGGGGUGCACGUCUACAUGCACAAAAGGAGAGACUUCGAUUCCUCACUCCCAAGAGACAGAAUGGCCUUACCCAUACUGGCCUCCUGACAACCAAGAUCAUCAUGGAUAGUAGCAACAAGACUGGUAAAUACCAGAUUAAACAAAAGCAACCACGACCUCUUUCUCUAGCUAGUAUGGUCUCUCCCUCCUUGAAUAUACGGUACUGCUUUCUUGGAGAAUGCACUACUGUUAAUUGGGAGAAGAACCGGGAGAUCUCAUAGAUCUUGCUCUGUCAAUGGGGGGAAAAGGAUACAAUUUAACUUUGCAAAGGUGUUGAGGGGAAAGAGGAGGAGAACGGUUGGGGAAAGGCAUUGUUGUGCUGACAUCAGAAUGGAGCCUGAUAGAAGCAUAACUAAUGAACCUUAAUCCAAGUUUGAUUAUAAGCACAUCAUUGUUUGUCACAACUUUUGAUGUGCAUUAGAUAUUUUUCAAUUGUAAAAAGUAAUACUGUUUGCAUGUACAUUAACUUUGUUUUUCGCUUAGUUUGAGACGCUUCUUUUUCUUUUUAGUGACGCAAAAUUGUUUAGUUUUAAUUGCUUACUGUUACUUUACUUUGUAACGAGUUGGAUUCACAUUCGAGAUUGUUUCCAAGAAAUAAAUUUAUGUUGAUGUA